GUAUUGUCAGGUUUGUUUAUAUUGAAACACUCCUGUCUAAUCCUGGUAGAAAAAUACUUGUCCUAAUCCAGAUUGAAUGUAAGAUUUUAAAGUGGUUUGGUUUAUACAAGGGUAGGAUAGAGAAAAUUCUCUUACACAUCUCCAUAUAUCACCUGUUGAUCUCUGGCCUGUCAUCUGAGUCUUUUUUAAUGUGCUGAGGAUAUUUGAUAACUUAACCAGGCAGGGUAUUAUAAAUUUCAGGAAGCAUGAGCCUUUUUACUUUCUGCCUUAUAUAAGGCCACUCUCGAUGGUAAACCCAGAAUAAUUACUUAGAAAUUGGCAAUAAUUAUCAUAUUAACUUCAAAUUACUAAUAAAAUUACUAAUAAAAGCUGUUUAACUUCAGAGUCAUCCAAACCUUUUCUUCAUUGUGUCCCUGGCAGCAAGAGGAGAAUCUGAUAAUUUUUUGUCAUAUUAACAUCCAGAAUUUGUUCUUUGUUGAGCAUUUUUGGAACAUCUUCAUAAUGUUUUACAACAUAUUUGUGUUCUUUAACAUUUUAUGAACAUCUUUAGAACAUUUUAGGGCUCAUUUUGUGUUCUAGGGCCUGUUGCUAUAGUGAAAAAAAAAUAGAAUAUUUUAUUAAUCAGAAAAAAAAUCCACAAACUAGAGAAUGCUUGAAAGAGAACAUUGAUCCAUGAAAGGUUAGGGAGCUUAUUUAUGUACAAGAUACUGUUUUAGUGAUUCAUUAAACAAGAACUUUUUUUCAAUGUUUCUUGUGUGCCAGAUAUUAUGCUAGAUGUUAGGGACACAACAGUGAACAAAGACAUGCUUAGUUCUUUCUUCUGUUACACUUACAUCUGGUGAGGGAGACAGACAUAAGUUCUAUAGUCACUCUAAUAUAUAGUAUAAUUACAAAAUGAGAAAAAAGUGGUUAAAGGUAAGAAUAAUCAUUCCAUUUGAAAGAAACUUGACUUGGCUAAUGAAUUAUAUGGUUUGGAGGAUCAGUAGGUGUUAAUUAUGUGCAUAGUGGUAGACAGGUAGGUAGGGAAUGUUUUUAGAGUGGUUUUGCAUGUGCAAAGUCGCUGUGGUACAAAGGAACUCUUGGGCCAGUCAGUAUGUGUAGGUUGAUGGAAUGCCACCAUUUUUUCAUAAUUUUGUCUUUCAUGCUCUCAUAUUCAAUCUAAAGUUAUAUUUAGCUUUGUUUAAUUCACCAGAUGUGAUCAUAAGGACUUUACUUGAAUAGGCUCACGUUUUUGUGAGGUAUAGACUGUUAUUGCCAUUUCACAGAUAAAGUGAGGCAUAGAAAAGUUAAAGUUAUUGGUUCAAAGUUGAUAAGCGAUGCUAUACUGUAUUCUUUUUCCUUAUACUCAAUUAUGAUCACAGUCUGGAAGGGACUCAGAAUGACUCCUUGGUCAUCCCCUGAGAACUUCUGAAAUUUCCAGGGAAUCUGGAUGCAAGUGGACAACAAUAGAGACUCUGUGGAUCCCAUCUCUUAAAUAUUAGAUACCUCAGUUGUGGAUCACUGGAGAGAAGAGCCACAGGGCAUCACUGCAGCUGUAAUAUUUGUAAAUCUUAUUUAACAUAUGUUGGAUAGGAAUGUAGAGUAGCAAUACAAAUGUUUGAGCUGACCUACCUUUGAGACUAAAAAUGUUAAUGUUAGCAUCCUCCCCAUCCCCACUUUAUUUGCAUUAUAUUUUUCCUUGGUGAUCGUUGAAGGAAGUAUGUAUAAUUAUUUAACCAUUUAAUAAGUAAAUAAUUCUAAAUUUGCAGUGUUUCCUUUCAGCUAGAAUUCUUCGUAUUGUUACACUGAAUUUUCUUUUCAGAGAUCUGACCAGAGUUGGAGAGUGAGAGAAAAUGGAUUCCUUUUCUAAUUUGCCUACAGAGAAUUCAACCAUUGCCGUCAAUGUAUCUGAGACUUCAUCUACCACAGUAACACAUGGAUUCAAUUCCACUAAUGAUUCACCUUCAAUGUCAAUAACAAGGCUUUUUCCAGCCUUACUAGAAUGUUUUGGCAUAGUCCUUUGUGGCUACAUAGCAGGAAGGGCCAAUGUCAUAACAUCAACACAGGCUAAAGGACUGGGAAAUUUUGUCUCCAGAUUUGCACUUCCGGCUUUAUUAUUCAAAAACAUGGUUGUACUUAACUUUUCCAACGUGGAUUGGGCUUUCUUAUACAGUAUCUUAAUUGGCAAAGCUUCUGUGUUUUUCAUUGUAUGUGUAUUAACCUUACUGGUUGCCAGUCCUGAUAGUCGAUUUAGCAAAGCUGGACUAUUCCCUAUUUUUGCUACACAAAGUAAUGACUUUGCAUUGGGAUACCCUAUAGUUGAAGCUUUAUAUCAAACUACAUACCCAGAAUAUCUUCAGUACAUUUAUUUGGUGGCACCAAUAUCUCUUAUGAUGUUAAACCCAAUUGGGUUUAUCUUCUGUGAAAUCCAGAAGUGGAAAGAUUCUCAAAAUGCUUCUCAAAACAAAGUAAAAAUUGUGGGACUUGGAUUCCUGCGUGUAUUACAGAACCCAAUAGUAUUUAUGGUCUUCAUUGGCAUUGCUUUCAAUUUUAUUCUUGAUAAAAAGGUGCCUGUAUAUAUGGAAAAUUUUCUUGAUGGACUUGCAAAUUCUUUUUCUGGAGCAGCCCUAUUUUAUCUUGGUCUUACAAUGGUAGGAAAAAUAAGGAGACUGAAGAAGUCAGCAUUUGUUGUACUAAUUCUUCUCAUCACAGCUAAACUCUUGGUGCUGCCACUUCUGUGCAGAGAAAUGGUGGAACUCUUGGACAAGGGUGACAGUGUAGUGAAUCACACAAGUUUAUCAAAUUAUGCAUUUUUGUAUGGUGUCUUCCCUGUAGCACCAGGAGUAGCUAUCUUUGCUACACAGUUCAACAUGGAAGUAGAGAUUAUAACCUCAGGGAUGGUAAUAAGCACAUUCGUGUCAGCUCCAAUUAUGUAUGUUUCUGCCUGGUUAUUGACCUUUCCCACUAUGGACCCUAAGCCAUUGGCAUAUGCCAUACAGAAUGUUAGUUUCGAUAUAAGUAUUAUCAGCCUGGUCUCCUUGAUCUGGUCUCUGGCUAUUCUUCUCUUGAGUAAAAAAUAUAAGCAGCUUCCUCAUAUGCUUACAACCAAUUUACUCAUUGCUCAGUCUAUUGUCUGUGCUGGAAUGAUGAUAUGGAAUUUCGUUAAAGAAAAAAAUUUUGUUGGACAAAUUUUGGUGUUUGUUCUAUUGUACAGCUCCCUGUAUAGCACCUACCUAUGGACAGGCCUUCUAGCAAUUUCUUUGUUUCUUUUGAAAAAACGAGAAAGUGUACAAAUUCCUGUCGGAAUCAUCAUAAUAUCUGGUUGGGGAAUUCCUGCUCUCCUUGUUGGUGUUCUUUUGAUAACUGGAAAACACAAUGGAGAUAGCAUUGACUCAGCCUUCUUUUAUGGAAAAGAGCAGAUGAUCACCACAGCAGUCACCCUGUUCUGCAGCAUUCUGAUAGCUGGUAUAUCACUCAUGUGCAUGAACCGCACCACCCAAGCAGGACACUAUGAAGGUUUCGGUCAGUCUCAGAGCCACAAAGCAGUGGAGCCUGGAAACACUGCUUUUGAUGAGAGUCCAGCACCAACAAAUGAACCAGAACUUUUUACAAGUUCAAUACCAGAAACAAGUUGCUGCUCUUGCUCCAUGGGAAAUGGUGAAUUAUGCUACCCAUCAAUAGAGCCAGCAGCAAACACAAGCACCAGUGGGCCUGUGACUCCUUCAUUUGAGAAAAAUGAUCACUGUGUGAGUCGCUGUAACUCCCAGAGCUGCAUAUUAGCCCAGGAAGAAGAACAGUAUCUGCACAGUGGAGACCAGCAACUGACUCGACAUGUCUUGCUGUGUUUACUUCUCAUUAUUGGCCUAUUUGCUAAUCUUUCCAGUUGUUUAUGGUGGCUAUUCAACCAAGAGCCUGGAAGACUAUAUGUUGAGUUACAGUUUUUCUGUGCUGUGUUUAACUUUGGCCAGGGAUUUAUUUCCUUUGGAAUCUUUGGAUUGGACAAACAUUUAAUCAUCCUGCCUUUCAAAAGAAGACUUGAAUUUCUAUGGAACAAUAAAGAAACAGCAGAAAACAGAGAUUCUCCUGUUUCUGAGGAAAUAAAAAUGACCUGUCAACAAUUUAUCCAUUAUCACCGUGACCUCUGUAUCCGUAACAUCGUCAAGGAAAGAAGGUGUGGUGCAAAGACUUCUGCUGGGACCUUCUGUGGCUGUGACCUGGUGAACUGGCUAAUUGAAGUUGGCCUUGCCUCUGACCGUGGUGAAGCUGUGAUAUAUGGAGACAGACUGGUGCAAGGGGGAGUCAUCCAACAUAUUACCAAUGAAUAUGAAUUUCGGGAUGAGUACUUGUUUUACAGAUUUCUUCAAAAGAGUCCUGAACAGACUUCUGCUAUUAGUGCAAACAGCCCCCAACAGGAAAGCUAUAAAGAAAUUGAGCAUUCACCCCCAUCCUCACUUUCUCCUAAGUCCUAAAUGAUAAAGGAGAGAAUCCCCCAUGGAAUCAUAUUCUAGCCCCAGAUCCAGUAUUUAUCUGUGUGAUCUUGGGCAAGUUAGAACCUCUCUGAGUCUUAGUUGCCACUUCUGUAAAAUCUGACAAGCUGCAUUUCCCCCGCCCCAUGCUAACACUGUGGUUUUAGUAUGUAAAACACAUAGGAAAGUGACCUAGGAAAAAGAAAAAAAACAAAAGGAAAAGUUCUGAUAGUGAAUAUAAUAAUUACUAUAAAUAAUACUAGUGUGGCAACAUUAUAAAAUGAUUUCUUCCUGCAACUGUUUGCUAUAACUUCAAAAUCAAUAUCCAAUUGACAGUUCUUUUUAAUUGUCAAAUUUGACAGAUGUUCUGGUGAAGUGGACAUAAAAUUAUGGUAAUUUUACAUUUAUUGAUGGCACUUCCUAAAAAAAAUAAUUUUACUGAAUCUAAUAAGAGGUUCUUAUUCCUCCCAGCCCCCGUCCAUUUCUUCGAAAAAACUCGUUAACAAAUUAGAAUCACUGCCUUUUUUUUUUUAAAUAGGCUUGUCUCUUCUUGCUCUUCUAACCAAAGUACUAAUCUAUGUCAUUAGGAAAGGAAUAAAAACCUCCAUAAAUAUUAUCAUCAAAAUCCAAUUUCUAACUUUUGUGCUACAGAUAGUAAUUUGUGCAUAUUUAUUUAAAUAUUAAAAAAUUAUUGCCAUGUGAUGUAUCACUUAUUAUUUGCACAAAGCAACAUAGUACAGAAUAAUAACCCUACUACUUUUCUCCCUGCAGUGAAUAAAAAGGACCAUAUAUAUAGUCCAAGUCAAGAGUUAGAACUUCUAGACAUAGCACCCUAUGACUACCUUUAGAAUUCAGUCUAUGAAUUCUAUGUAUUAAAAAAAAAUCUAUAAAUUUUUAAAUUACUAAAUGUUGCUAUCUUAGUCCAUUAAGGCAGCUAUAACAAAACACCACAAACUGGAUAGCUUAUAAACAACAGAAACUUAUUUCUUAUAGGUCUGGAGGCUGUGUAGUCUAAGAUUUAAGACAUGGGCAGGCUCAGUGUCUGGUGAAGGCCUGAUUUCUGGUUUACAGCUGGUGCCCUUUUGCUGUUACCUCACAUGGUAGAAGGGAAAAACUCUUGUCUCUUCAGCCCUGAGAAAGGGACUGAUGCCAUUCAUGAGGGCUCUACCCUCACUACCUAGUCACCCCCCAGUAUCAUCCCACUCCCCAUAUAUUAUAUUUUAAUAUAUGAAUUUGAGGGGAUGCACACAUUCAGACCAUAACACCCUCAGAUAAAGUUCAUCUUCAGAAAAUUAAAGGGAGUUAUUCACAUGAUUUUUGAACAUCUACUUAAUUAUUAGGUGUCAGUUUAACUUACUCAAAAUAUGUUGAAAUGUUUAUCUCAUGUUUAGUGUUUUAUAUAUAAAGCCGUUUAGAAAAUUAUUGCCCUUUUAAUGCAACAGAUAUAUAAAUUUUUUAAAAACCUGCAUGGAAGCCUAGUGUAUUUAACAAGUAAAUUUUACUUCAGUAUACCAUUAACCUAUACAAAUUUCAAGCUAUCAUUAGAGAAUGGGCGUGUUUUAAACAGAACUGUCUUGUGGGGGAACUUUUUCUAAAAAAAUAUGACCACGUUAAUACUCUUUGAAUGCUCAGGAGUAAGCAUAAAGCCUCAUUGCUGUUCCAGUAGAGAUGUAACUCACUCACAUGCAUGCAGGCAACUCAAACUCAAGUGGAGAAAUUUUUUAUUUAUGAACAAGUCAUACAAAUAAGUUAUACUGCAUAUGUUCUGUUAUUUGCACAAAAGGAUUCUGCAACCUCUUUUUCCAUGGGAGACACUAAAAGAAAAUCCUAGAUCAGAAUGAUCUGCAGUUUCAGAUAAAGGAUUUUAAGAGAUGUUUUUAGAUUAAGGAUAUGCUAAUUUUAUUAAAUGAAAAUAUUUGUAACUGUUGCUUUCUCACUGACAAAGCAAGUUUCUGAAUAAACUACCUAUUUUAACUUUCA